AUGAGGUACGGAAUGAAGCUGGGGUGCGGUUCGGGAUGCGGCUCGGUUCGGGAUGCGCUUUGGGAAGCGUUUGUGUGCAGGGCGCAGUUUGGGACGAGCCGUGCCAUGCGGGCCGGGAUGCGGUGCCCCAGGAUGACGCGCCAGGACCCACCCCGUGCCCAGCACCGUCCCGUCCCCACCCCCGCCCCCUCCCCGGCGCUUUCCCCGCCCGCCCCGUCCGGCGGAGCCCCGGGGGCGGGGGCCAGGUACGGCGGGGCGGGCCGGCCGGCCGGGGGAGGGCCCGCGGGGAGCGGCGGGCAGCUAAAGGCAGGUGCCGGCCCCGAGAGCCGCCCCGGGCUGGCUCGGGGGUCCCGCGGCGGCCGGGGCCAUGCGAGGGGCGGCGGCCUGAGCGGGGCGGCCAUGGCCGGGGCGGCGGGCGGGGAGCGGCGGGCGGCGCUGACGGCGGUGCGCACCGAGGGCUCGGGGGGGACCCCCGGGGCGGGCAGCGGGACCCUCCCCCCCCUGCCGCCGCCGCCGCCGCCCCCUCCCCGCCGCCGGGGGCUCGGGGCCGCCCCCCGCCCCGCCGGGGCCCCGCGCUGCUGCCGCCGCCGCCUGCAGAACUGCCUGUACAACGUGCUGGAGCGGCCCCGCGGCUGGGCGUUCAUCUACCACGUCUUCAUAUUCCUCCUUGUCUUCAGCUGCCUGGUGCUGUCCGUCUUCUCCACCAUCCAGGAGCACCAGAAAUUGGCCAACGAGUGCCUCUUCAUCUUGGAGUUUGUGAUGAUCGUGGUGUUCGGCAUGGAGUACAUCAUCCGCGUGUGGGCCGCCGGCUGCUGCUGCCGCUACCGCGGCUGGCGCGGGCGCUUCCGCUUCGCCAGGAAACCCUUCUGCGUGAUAGAUUUCAUCGUCUUCAUCGCCUCGGUGGCCGUCAUCGCCGCGGGCACGCAGGGCAACAUCUUUGCCACGUCGGCACUGCGCAGCAUGCGCUUCCUGCAGAUCCUGCGCAUGGUGCGCAUGGACCGCCGUGGUGGCACCUGGAAGCUGCUGGGCUCCGUCGUCUACGCCCACAGCAAGGAGCUCAUCACCGCCUGGUACAUCGGCUUCCUGGUGCUCAUCUUCGCCUCCUUCCUCGUCUACCUGGCCGAGAAGGACGCCAACGUGCAGUUCGCCACCUACGCCGAUUCCCUGUGGUGGGGCACGGCCCCCCGCUGCUGUGCCCCCGGGCAGGUCACCCUGACCACCAUCGGCUACGGGGACAAAGCGCCGCAGACGUGGCUGGGCCGGAUGCUGGCGGCCGGAUUCGCCCUGCUCGGCAUCUCCUUCUUCGCCCUGCCCGCUGGGAUCCUGGGCUCCGGAUUCGCCCUCAAGGUGCAGGAGCAGCAUCGGCAGAAGCACUUUGAGAAGAGGAGGACUCCAGCGGCCAACCUGAUCCAGGCUGCCUGGCGCCUGUACUCCACCGAUGCCAGCCGGGGGUACCUGACGGCCACCUGGUGUUACUACGACAGCCUCCUGCCCGCCUUCAGCCCCAUCUUUAGUGGUAAGAGGAGGCUCUUGCAGACGUGGGGCACGUGGAGAAGGAGCAACAAGAUGGGCAUCAAGGAGCGGAUGCGGCUGAGCAGCUCUCAGCGCCAGGGCAGCCGCGGCCGGCAGCAUCAGCAGCAGCACCUGGGGCCGCCCCUGCACCGCUCCCCCAGCCCCGAGGACGUGGCCGAAGCCUCCAGCCCCACCAAGGUGCAGAAAAGCUGGAGCUUCAACGACCGCACGCGGUUCCGAGCGUCGCUGAGGCUCAAACCGCGGACGCCCACCGAGGCUGACUGCCCACCAGAGGACAGCGGUGAGGAGAGGAGCUCCCCCUGCGAGCUGACCUUUGAGGACAUCAUGCCGGCAGUGAAGACCCUCAUCAGGGCUGUCAGGAUCCUGAAGUUCCUGGUGGCCAAGAGGAAGUUCAAGGAGACCUUGCGUCCCUACGAUGUCAAGGACGUCAUCGAGCAGUACUCGGCCGGACACCUGGACAUGCUGGGCAGGAUCAAGAGCCUGCAGACACGCGUGGACCAGAUCGUGGGCAGGGACCGGGCGCUCCCAGCGGACAAGAAGGUUCGGGAGAAGGGCGAGAAGCCGGCGCUGGAGGCAGAGCUGGUGGACGAGCUCAGCAUGAUGGGGCGCGUGGUCAAAGUGGAGCGGCAGGUGCAAUCCAUCGAGCACAAGCUGGACCUGCUGCUCGGCCUCUACUCGCAGUGCCUGCGCAAGGGCUCCAGCAACUCCUUCAGCCUGGCCGCGGUGCGGGCGCCGCCCGGCGAGCCCGACGUCACCUCGGACUAUCACAGCCCCGCGGAGCACGAGGACAUCUCGGCGUCCGCGCAGACCCUCAGCAGCUCCAGGUCGGCCAGCGCCAACAUGGACUGAGCAGGAGGCGGCAGGAUGGGGUGAUGGGGACGGAGGGGCGUUGUCCCUUUGUUGUCACCUCGCUGUCCCCUCACGGUGUUACUUGAACCGAGUCUUCCUCUGUGGGGACACGGCUGCAGCAGGGUGCCUGUGGCACGGGGGCGUGGCCAGCCCAGGCUCCUGGGGCGUUCCUGAGAUGUUCCUGGGGUUCUCCUGGGGAUAUUCCUGAGGAUGCUCCUGGGGAUGUUCCUGGGGUUCUCCUGGGGAUGUUUCUGGGAUGUUCCUGAGAUAUUUCUGGGAUAUUCCUGGGAUGUUCCUGGGACAUUCCUGAGAUGCUCCUGGGGAUGCUCCUGGGGACGUUCCUGAGACAUUCCUGGGACGUUCCUGGGGACAUUCCUGGGGACGUUCCUGGGACAUUCCUGGGACGCUCCGAGAAUAUUCCUGGGAUGUUCCUGAGAUGCUCCUGGGGUGCUCCUGGCUUCCUGUAGGAUGAUGCCCCUGCAGCUCUGGGGUCCUGGGUGCUCCCCAGCUGUCGUGGGGAUGCUCAGGGCUGGCCCCAUCCCCUGGGGUUUGGUUUGAAGCCCAUCCCCAGCCCUCAGGACAGGUCCUGCGUGGUCCCCCAGAGCUGAGCCGGGGCCACCACCAGCUAUGCAAGGUCCCAUCUCCCUCUCGCUGCCAGUGCAGGGGUGUGGGGACACGACCCAGGGUGGUUUUACCCGUGUCACUGGGGGUCCCCAGUGUGGGGAGCAGGGGACUGUCCCCCCCUGUCCAGGCUGCACCUCUCCAGAAGCACAGCAGAGCCUUCUGCCUGCCCGUGCAUGCUCCCAGGGCAAUAUAUAUAUAGAUUAUAUAUAUAUUUAUAUUUAUGCAAUAAUGUCUUAAUAUGCAACACCCCUGGGAAAAGCAACCCGAGGGGCCAUAGGCAAUAAGCAACCCCCUGCCAGCUGCCAGGCCUGGACUGUGCUGCCCUGGAGGCCCUGAGAGCUCAGGGAAGGGGGAAAUCUCCACCCCAGGGUGGCCCUGGAGCCAGGAAGCUGAGCAGGGGACAGCGCUGUCCCCAAGGAGUGUCCCAGCCCCUGCUCCUGCUUAGGGGAUUCACUCCCGGCUGGGUCCUGCCGUGCUCAGUUUGUCCCUGUCCCUGUCACGGGCCGGGCCUGGAGGGGAGCUGCCACAGGGUGGUGUCCUUGCAUGUCACCAACAGCAGAGCCACCACAGCCCCGCGCUGUCCCAGUGCCAACGCUGGGGCUGUGCCAAAGUGGCACCAGGAGGGCUCGGUGGUCACCCCACAGCGCCAGGAUCUGUCCUGGGCUGCUCCCACCGCUCCCCCUCUCUGGUUUGGCACAGUGGGGUUCGCUCCAUGUUCUCUGCUCCGGGCACUGGGGACCCCCGACCCUGCUCGUCCCCUCUCCCAUCAGUGCAUGCAGCCAGCGCGGGCCGUGCCAGGGCUGCUCGAACCCCCAAAUCCCGGGGGUGCCCGGGCGGUGCCACAGCGGGGCACAGCGCUGGGCGAGGUGCAUGUGACAGCUUUGCAGGAAUUGCAGGAAUUUUAACCCUUUAGAACCCCCCUGCCCGGGCUGGCUGGUCCCCGCAGAGCCCCCCCAGAGCCAGCGGUAGUUACCUCACUUGAUUAACUUAUUAAUUUAUUUGUUUCAUUAAAAUUUGGA